AUGGAAGGCGUGAUAUGUUACUGCCAAGAGUGCCGACAAGAAUUGGGGAAAUUCCGGAAUUCCUGGAACAGCAUUGGGAAGACUUAUCAUAGUCCUGUGUAUCCCAUGUUGGCAUAUACACAUGGAUUCGAAGCAAGUGGUGAUAUAUUCCCAGGUGCAGCGGGCACUCCUGUUGGAGAUAGCUUCUUGCAAGAUCUGAAAUGUAAAAAGUGCAAAACUCUUCUGGGAUUCCGAUGCGACCAGGCCCCAGAAGGCCAUGUGUUAGCCAAAGAUCAGUUGAUUCUAAGAUUAUCGUCCAUGUCAGUGAUUUCUGAGUCGACAGGUCUCAAUGCUAGUAUAUCUGUAGAGAAAAAGAUUCUUCUCGCAGAGGAAACGCCCAAAAAGUCUUCAUCACGUCGAGCGUCCACGCUUCAACCGACUGCUCGUGGGAAGUCUGAAGGCCGUCACGAGAAAUCUGGCACGCAAUUGCGAACAGACAUGCGACCGCCACCUAACAUGGAAAUCAAUCAGUCAGGAAUUUCAAGUUUCGAAAAGUGGGCACGAAACGCCAUCGAAUCUCAGAAAAAUGACCUCGAUCGUAUCUCUGAGACGCUGAAAAGUUUGGAAACUGAAAUGAGUAGUUUUCAAAUCUUCAUGAAGGAUGUUCGCCUUGAAAUGCAACAGAGCCGAAAGGCACGAAAUGAUUUCUAUGAAGAUCGCAUGGUUCUCCGCAAGCUCGUUCAGGAUGUGAGCAGUUUAGAGAGCAGACUCAAGAUUGUUGGGACCUUGACGGAAGAACGAUCAAAAAGUGGCGAAUCAGUCAGGCGGGAUAUCGACAUUUUGAUAUCUGACCUACAGCAGGUGAUGAAUAAAGCUUAUGAGGUGGAUGAUGUAAAGAAUGGACUGCUCCAAUUUUAUAAUCGACUAGCUAGUUGUGAGGAAUCAACAGCUCAAGUUAUGGCUAAGUUGCCUCACGAUUUGGAUGUCAGCGACAUAAAGCGUCAAUUGGAAAGAUUUCAAGCUCAAAUUGAGAUUUUUGAGCAGAGUCAGACAAAUUCUCAUCCAAAGCUUCCUUCCACAACUGAAGCGACUGAAAAGGUUGUCAAACGUCGAUCAGAUGUACGCGUUCCGCGUGUAGAGAUUCUUGUUCCAGCAAGGGAAACUCCAAUCCAGCACCCAGAAACAUCAAAGUCACAGCCCGAAAGUUCUCACGAAGAAGUUGUGCCCGCCCUCACUGCCCCCAAGCGUAAACGCGCUGAGACCUUGAUUGGAGCCGACGAAGAAAGUGUCGGACAACCGCAGUUACAGAGAAGGAAGACACGUCGUUCUGGACGUGGACGAGUUGAGGAGCCAGCCGGGAAUAGUGAUGAGAUUCAAGCAGAAGAUGCUCCCUCAACAGCCCAGAUCGUGGAAGCACCACCACCAAUGCAAACUGCCUUACCCAACUCGCACAAUCAACCAACGACCACCAACGACACACUCAAUCCGCCAGCGCAUCCACAAAACCCUCCCUUAGAACAACCUCCUCAACAACCCGCUCAAAACCCAACCCUCCUCACAGCCCCCCCAAACCGCAGACACUCCCUCCGCAACCCCCCAACCACCACCACUACAUUGACUCCGAAGCCUCAACCCCCCAAACGCCCACACACAGCACCCAAACCACCAUCCCACGACGCCAUCCUCCCCUCCAUAGAACGCGAAGACCCAGAACCGAUUCCCCGCGUGACGAGACGUUCGGAAAUGAAGACGGCGAUGGAAGUGAUUGAUUUAACGACGGAGGAGGUGGGGAGAGAGAAAGAGGUUGCGAGAGAGAAGGAAACGGGGAAAGGGAAGGGGAAAGGGAAGAAAACGUAUCAGUGUAACACUUGUAGCAGUGUUUUUGCGUUUCCGGGGGGGUUGGCUUAUCAUAAACGGACGGCGAAGUGCUCAGGUGAAAGUGCUGGUGGUGGUUCGGGUUCAGGUAGUAAGGAAGAGGAGGAAAGAAAACGAGCAAAAUUACUAGAGAGAGAGAAGGCUGUUAGAGAGGCUUUGGAGAGGGGGAUGUAA